UACAUAAUGACCAAACUCAACAAUCCUCUGAAUCAUCUGUUUUAUAUGAACUUCCAACAUGUCCGGUGUGCCUUGAAAGAAUGGAUGCAUCCGUAACUGGAUUGCUCACAAUUCUAUGCCAACACACGUUUCAUUGUAAUUGUUUAAGUAAAUGGGGUGAUAGUAGUUGUCCCGUGUGUCGUUAUAGUCAGAAAAGUAAUGUUAUCGAUCCAUCACUAGGACAAAAUGAAUGUGGGGUUUGUGGUGUCACUGAGAGUUUAUGGAUAUGUCUUAUAUGUGGCAAUAUUGGUUGCGGUCGAUAUCAAGAAGCACAUGCGUACUGUCAUUAUAAAGAAACUUCACAUUUAUACGCCUUAGAAUUAGAAACUCAAAGAGUUUGGGAUUAUGCUGGUGACGGAUAUGUUCAUCGUCUAAUACAAAACAAAUCGGAUGGUAAACUAGUAGAGUUACCCAGUCCUGAUGGUCCACCUCAAAUGCAACAAUCACGUGCGGAAAUUGAUCAGAAAAAACUUGAGUCGGUCACCCUUCAAUUAUCAAAACUAACAAGUCAAAUUCAAAAAUUAGAGGAUGAAAAGAAAGCUAUUGAGAAGAAAAUGGAAAAAUUUACUGAAAAAUCAAAUAAACUUGAAAAAGAAUUAAAUGGUGAAAAGGAG